GUGUUUCAUGAAUGAUUUUUUUUAGUUGAAUUUUGACAGACAGUGACAAGCCCCAGUGACAGAGAAGUGUGAAUUUUGGUUGGUGUUUUUUCUGUGGUUUAUUGCAACAUCCUAAAUCGCCUGUGGUGUGCGAAAGUGAUUGCAAGAGGGCUUAAGAUGAGCUAUACGAGUCGUCAUAGAUAUGAGAACUACUUCUUGGAUCCUGAAGAUGAAAUAUCAAAGAAGCUGCCCAAAGAGAUUCUCUUUCGAAUAUUCUCCUACUUGGAUGUUGUGUCGUUGUGUCGUUGUGCUCAGGUGAGCAAAUACUGGAAUUUACUCGCACUGGAUGGUUCUAAUUGGCAGAAGAUCGAUCUGUUUGACUUUCAACGAGAUAUAGAGGGCCCAGUGAUUGAAAAUAUAUCCCAAAGAUGUGGUGGAUUCCUCAAGUUGCUGUCGCUAAAGGGAUGCCAAUCGGUUGGUGAUCAAUCAAUUCGUACACUGGCUCAGCACUGCCACAACAUAGAAUAUUUGGAUUUGUCUGACUGCAAGAGAAUUACAGAUUUAGCGAUACAGUCGCUAAGCAAACAUUGUCCAAAAUUGUCCAUAGUUUAUUUAGAGUCAUGCGUCAAUAUUUCCGAUUGCAGUCUCAAGGCAAUUUCAGAUGGUUGCUCGAGCUUAACGGAAAUAAAUAUAUCGUGGUGUGACUCGGUGACGGAGAAUGGGGUUGAAGCCCUUGCGCGUGGAUGUCACAAAAUAAAGAAAUUCAGCAGUAAAGGUUGUAAGCAAGUUAACGAUCGUGCAGUUAUUUGUCUAGCUACUUACUGCCCCAACAUUGAGGUCUUAAAUCUACACAGCUGUGAUUCAAUAACAGACAUUUCAAUUCAGAAGAUUUCGGAGAAAUGUCUCAAUUUGCGUCAACUGUGCGUGUCCAAGUGCGCCCAGUUGAGUGAUCAGACCCUCAUCGCCUUAGCUCAGCACAAUCCACUACUGAACACAUUGGAGGUGGCUGGAUGUCAUCAAUUUACGGAUUUGGGUUUUCAGGCUUUGGGGAAAAAUUGUAAAUAUCUCGAGAGGAUGGAUCUCGAGGAGUGCAAUCAAAUUACCGACUUGACGCUGGCACAUUUGGCGACUGGGUGUCCCAGCCUCGAAAAAUUGACUCUGUCGCAUUGCGAACUGAUUACAGACGAUGGAAUUCGGCAAUUGGCUGCUGGUAGCUGUGCUGCUGAGAGUCUCUCUGUUCUGGAACUUGACAAUUGCCCACUUAUCACGGAUGCAACACUUGAUCAUUUGAUCUCGUGCCACAAUCUGCAGAGGAUAGAACUCUAUGAUUGCCAAUUGAUAACGAGAAGUGCAAUAGGACGGUUGAAAAAUCACCUCCCUAAUAUAAAGGUGCAUGCAUACUUUGCCCCAGUGACCCCACCACCCACAACGGGAGGCCCACGUCCACGAUACUGCCGUUGCUGUGAGAUUCUCUGAGAUCAGGCUGUCGGCCUAGCCAGGAAGAUACUGUGCAAAGGUAGAGAUGACUGAUAUAUUCAUUUGUAGAGAGACGGUCGGGUGCAGAGUGACAGAGGGCAAGGGGGCUGUUAUCAGAUGAGGGAAAAGCACACAAUGCUGCUUUUUGGGGACCGAGAGGAAGACGAUUAUGAGAUUGCAACUUUCUAUAGAGCGCACGCCAUUAUCAUCCAUUUCUUUAACACAUAGGAUUUUACACAUUGAUAAGAACCUUGUGCAUUUUUAAGCAAGAGAAAAAUAAGCAAAAGAAUUGCUAAUUAAUUUUAACGAAGGAUAAGAGGGAGAGAGAUGGUGUUACUAAAAGAGAUGUCAAAGGACCUUUGACCGAAGCAUUAGUUUCAUAUUAUUCUUCCCAAUUAACCCAAUUUCUGUGGAGUUUCUGUUGUAUGUACUAUUUUUUUCACUGAAUUUUUGCUAAAAGAAAAGGAUAUGCAUAUUGUUACUUUUAUGAGGAAGUAAAAAAGAACAAAAAGAAAACGAGAUUGCAUCAACCCGGGAAGAGGUUGUGUUUGUAAAUUGAUGAAGAAAUCAAACAAUUUAUUAAGAAGAGUUUAAAAGAGAGAGAGAGAGUAUAAAAAGAAAUGUGAAAAAUAUGAGAAUGAGGAACAAAAUUUUAUCAACUUAUUUAUUAAUUCCUAUUUUUUACAAAAUAAAUAUUUCUUUACUGUAAUUUUUUGUGAUUUUUUUUUCAUUAAAUCUGACAAGAAAUGUUGGUACUAUCGAGUUAAGUUUACAUGUGAAAUUCUGAUUUGUAGAUGUGAUAAGUUUUAAAAUCUAUUACUAGUAAUAAUGGAGAAAAAAAAUGAAAAGAUAAAGGUGAAACAAGAAAAAUAUUCUUAGUAUUACUUGAUAAAAAAAAUGAGAGAGAAGAAAAUAAUGUAAAAGAACUAUACAUAGAUAUAAAAAGUCGUGCAUAAUUAUUUAAUGCUCUAAUUACACUGUGCGACAAAAAUUUUAUUUCUGUGGAAUAAACAUUUCAUUUCUAUGCUGAAUCAUUAUUAAUUUCAUUCAAAAACUUGAUAACAAAUGGAGAUUUUUGUUUAUAAAUCAACUAAACUUUUUAAAUAAAUAAAAAUUUUGUAAAACGAAAAUCACUGAAGAUCGAUUUUUUUAAAUAAAAAUUUAUAAGUUCAUCAAAAAUCAAUAAAAACUAAUGUCUACACUCUUAAAAUUUUGUCGCACAGUGUAAUUAUUUAAUAUCGUAAUUUACUGAAGGCUAAUCUCAGACAAAAAAAAAUAUUCCCAUUUAUUUUAUAUACAUAGAGAUGAUGUGCAUCAAUAUUUAAUCAAUUGGCGAAAAAUUAAAAUAAAAAAAAGAAUAAUGAGAUUGAGCUGAGGAGAGCUACCACAUUUGGAUUAAUCGAAGUUAUUUAAAAAGAAAAAAAACUGUCAUUAAAAAAGGGUGUCAUUUCUAAGGUGCUAGCUGUAGUUGAGAGAUUUGGGAUGCUAGGGAUGAAAAUGCAAAAGAAAAAAAAAGAAAAUAAAUUUUAAGUGCUUUUUGCAAAAGGCGAAAAAUUAAAAGAAAAAAAAUUA